ACGAUCGUUUGAAAAUAUUUUUGUUUUCGGCGCAGCGUUUCAGUUGGAGCUUUGGCAUCUCGCGGCAAACAGCCCUAUUUAGCGGGUGGAAUAUACAUAUUUUUAUACAAAAGGAAAUUUUUAAGGCUUUUCAAAGAUGGUCAACGAGUUGAACAGACCCCAGGCGGGGGACAAUGCCGCCCUAAGCGAGCGUCUGGCAGCCUCCAAUCGGCAGCUUCAGGAAAUGCAGGAGGAGCACAGGCAACUGCUGCUGGAGAUGGAGACCCUCCGAACCCGCGCAGCCGAGUUAACCCGCCUGAAUGCGCAGCGUCAACAAGUCCGGGAGGCAGCUGGUGAGGCCGUCCCGCUCCAGGAACCAGCAGCCGCACAAGAGGAAGCCCCAACUCAGGCAGAUGCAACUCAUUCACCUCCCGCUGAUCCAGUUGUAUCAGAAAGCCCAGAACCAAAGCAAGAGGAGACCUCCGCCAGCGACGAGGACAAGGAGGAGACGGCCAGUUACCUACAGCAGAAGCUGAACGAGAUUGCUAAUCUGAAGUCGCAGUUUAAGCGCGUCCAGCACAUGGUGGACACAACCAAGUUGAUUGAGCAGCAUAUUUCCACCAGGGAGAUCUCGCAAAGCUCUUCUUCCAGCCAUAGUAGUCGCCAGACCACGACCUCGGAGGUUCGAGUGCCUGUCCAGGCGCAGGAGUCUGCUCCCAGUGAAAGCCAAAGUCCCAAUGCCUCCGGUAGUGCGGCUCCUGACAACGCUGAGUUACUUAACGCCAUGCUGAACAUGUUCACCGACUUCACUAGCGAUCUCAGAGGUCAAGCGGAGAGCCUCCGGGCUGAGAGGGAUCGCAUAAGGACGCUCAAGGAGGAAAUAAUACAGCGGAAACAGGGAAAAUAAGAACCAUUUUCGAAAUGUUUUCAACAUAAACAGAAAGUGCCCUUUGUAUAUCGUAGAAGAAAUAUAUAUAAAAAAAUUUGGAA